AUGAAGGUUGAUAAAAUGGAAAAUUUGUCAAACAGAACCGCGAGACACGUUGCCAAAGCUAUGCAGGGUAAGCAUUUGUACUUAUAUCUGAUAAAUUGUGAAUACAUGUCAUUUGGUAUAGAACGCUCUGAUUUAAUGAAAGUUUAGGCUCCUAAAAUAAUUGCGCCAAAUAUUCAAAGGCUAAUUCAAGAUUGCUGAACUCAGUCAUAGAUGCUGUUUAAUAAUUUAUUACAUGCAAAUCACUGCUAAAAAUACUACAGUAUAUACCCCAUUUACUGUAUAAAUAUUAUAGAACCCUUGUCUUUGCCCUUGGCAGGCAAAACGUGCAAGUUAUGUUUACGCAAUAUAUUUCUGAUCUGCACUGUUGUGUUAUGCCUGACUCAGGGAGGACAGGCAUACCUAGGGGAAUUUGACAGUUUCAAUUUUGCUACUGUAUGUAUGACAAUAAGCUCCACUGCAGAGCACCACUUUUUAGUCAAUCUUUGUCAAAUUUUCCCCUAUUAAGAAAUUUCAAGUUGUGAGAACUCGAGUCAAUUCCUGUGUAUGCCAUCCUUCCCCAGGCGGACAAAACAUUGCUUCGUGCAUUAUUCCAAAGUGCAUAUCACAAUCACAAAACUCUUCACAGCCUAGGUUAACAAGGCAAGGAUUAAGUGUCUAUUGUACUAUAGUAUACCUAGUGCUGUAUUUCAUAUAUGGAGGCAGACCAGCCCAGGUAUCCAAGCAAGUAACAAGGCACCCAGACUGGCCACAGCCUACUACAGUUGAGGUAGGCCAUUACGCUUGGGCAGGUCAGUUCAGUUCUCAUGUUAUCGCAAGAUUAAAUUGGACAAUUGACAAGAAAUAAUACCAAAGGUGGUGUCUCUCCAAAACCAGACCAGCUCGGGUACCCUGGCUUCUCUUUCUUGCUUGCGAAAUGUGAAUUUACUUUUUGUGUUAAAUUUCUUGAGGCACUAUUAAAGCUGUGUACAGUGUAAAAUAGCAUAGUAAGUGCACCAGGAGGGAUUGUGCCUUAAUGGUUUAACAUAUAUCUAUUUUUUAUAGGAUUAUGUUCGUCGUAAACUGAAAGCAUUGAAUGCUUAUGAGAGUAAUCUAGCAUACGUUUGAUUAAAGGUAACUUUGUGUACUAACAUUAUGUUUAUGUAAACCACAAUGACCACAUUCAUACAAGUUAACUUGUAUUUGCAGGCCAGGCCCGUAGCUAGACUGAUCAUUGGGGGUGUAUAUUCAUAUAUUUGUGUUCUGCCUGAGGGAUUUCUUUUGAAAGCAAUUGUUGUUACACUACAUGAAUAUGAAUAUAUGAAUAUACACCAUCCCCUCCCCCACCCCCCCAAUUAUCGGUUCUAGCUACGGCGCUGUUGCAGGCAUACACUUAUGAAACAUUAUGAGCCAUCUUAUACUAUACUAAAUAUUCUGCUUUAAUUAAUUUUAGUGUUGACUCUCAACACAACAUCAUGCUGUGUUCCAAGGUUUCCAAGCAACUGGCUCAUGAGUAUGGAGGGCCACAACUGUUUUAAUAAAAGGUAUGGUGUACACAGUAUUUAUGGUAUUUGUAAUUGUCUUGCCCAAGGCCAAAAAAAAUAUGUGGGUUUCCGGUUUCUUCUUAUAAAAACUUAGGUAGGGUAGGUCGGUUUUAACUUUUUUUUUUAAACUUUUUUUUUAAUUUUCCGAACAAGCGGACGCCAUUUUGUUUAGUCAGUGCUUCCACAUCCAAAGAUAAAUUUCCCUAAUAUUGCCUCAAAUUUCAAUUUUCCACAAACUUUUUCCUCUAAGUGGAAACACUUACAAGCAUGAUCCAAUAAAAAAGUUUAGGGUCGGGAUUUCGACGUCCAAAAGCUAGGUAGGGUCGGGAAACCGGAAACCCACAUAUUUUUUUGGGGGCCCAAUAGAUAUAUUUUAAAACCUUAUACCGGUAGCUCCUGUGGUAUCUGGAUUCUGGUAAUCACUUUACCAUACUUUACUCUGUCAAAUUUUCAAUAUUAAUUACUAGGCGAUAUAUGUUGGGUUACAAAACUCCCAACACGGCAACGUUUAUUCUCACACCAGAGAAUCGUCCUAUAUAUGACUAAAGCUAGACAAUUGUACUGUACUUGUACUAGCACAUGUCUCAAAAUUUGAUUUAAAGACUUUUGAGCAUAGUAUAGAAAGAGUAUAAUAUGCAGCUAAUUCUUAUGAUGUUGUCACAAGCAAUGCUGUAUUGCAGUAGUCAAAUAUGUCACAUGCCAGCAAUAUUAUCUGCAUUUGCUUGCAUUUUGUCAAAAAUAUUUGCGUUUUGGAUUGUAGAAUUGACUAUUGCAUGUGACAACCUUUGCAUGUGUACGGUAUUUAAAGAAUGGUCCUUAAAAUGAUUUUUUCUGUGUUGGUGUUAUGUAUUCAGGUGAAUAUGAUGUUUGUGCAAUGUUACUCUGAGUGUACAACCACACCGGGGAAGUUUGAAAAAUAGGCCUGGCCAGGGUGGGGAUCAAAGCUACGACAUUGGAAUGCCCAAUGCUCUACCAACUGAGCUAUCAUGAUUACUAGAUUGCAUUGAUAUCGAAAGAACUAGACUCAGUUCUGAAAUAUCACAUACUCGAACCGACUUGACUGCGUAGCUCAGUUGGCAGAGCAUUGGGCUAGUAUUCCAAGGGUGGUAGGUUCGAUUCCAGCCGUGGCCAGGCAUAUUUUUCAAGCUUACCCGGUGUGGAUAUACACUCAGAGUAACAUCACAAGCAUCAUAUUCACCUGAAUGCAUUACACCAUGUUCACAGAAAAAAUCAUGAUUAUUAGAUUGCAUUGUUAUCGAAGUAACUAGGCUCAUUUCCGAAAAUCAGAUAGUAUUACUCAAACCGACCUGACUGCGUAGCUCAGUUGGCAGAGCAUUGGGCUAGUAUUCCAAGGGUAAUAGGUUCGAUUCCCACCGUGGCCAGGCAUAUUUUUCAAUCUUGCCUGGUGUGGAUAUACACUCAGAGUAACAUCACAAACAUCAUGGUCUUUAAAAUGUUUACGCGGUUUUUACAUAUGAUUUGGUACAAGUUCUUGUGAACAUCCAGAACAAAUUAUUUUGCGUGUUUAAAUUUGCCACCAGCAUUAACACACAGCAAGGGAUUAAAGACUUUGAAGAUCUGUUAACAGCUUUAGCUUUAAUUUACACAGUAUAACCAACUUUUUAAGAUUGAAUUUUUAUUAUUUUAUAAAGGACGAGGUUGAACUUAUAACACUGCAUUUAAUUUUGAUAGGCAUUAAUUUAGCUUUGUAUUUCAAGGGGGUUGCUCAAUCUAAAACAUCCGUCUUUGGGUGUUUGUGACAUUUGUGACACUCUAUUUGAAAGUUACCUUUUGCUUUGUCUCCCUGAGCAAUGUAUAAAUUUAAAUACAUGCAGUAAAUGACAUUUUUAUGCUCAUUGCUUGUAAUGCCUCGAUAACCUCGUGGAUGAAUCUGUAAGGCUUCCAACGUCGGAUUUCUUGCUGAGCAAAGUUGUGGCAUGCAUAAGCAGUCUACCUAACCCCCCACCCAAAUUACCUACAGUCUGUCGCCUGGGACGAAAAGGGAAAUCGUGUGUAAAAUCAGAGUCUGAACAUCGCGCAUACGGUGGAAGGAAAAGUUAUCCAGGCAAUGUCAUCCAAUCAUCAAAUCAACAUUUGAUACAAAAUUGUACUGUGUGAACUCAAUAGUCAACAUUUGUACUAUAAGUUUUCUAAGAACUUGUAGUAGUAUCAAGCUUAUUUGUUAUUAUUUUGUAUCUUUCUUUAGCGACUUGCACGCAGGCUGAAGCACGUGGAAAAGGCAAAUUGGGGUGCCCAGAAAACUGCAAGAGUGUUCGAUGUUAUGAGGGCAGGCUACUGUACACGUCCUCAGAAGAAAGCGAGGUCGACGAAACAACAAAAAGGAUUAUGCGUUACAACAUUCGUAGGCUACCCUGGGAGAGUCCAUCUCUAUACGAAGGGCAAAGAAAAAGUUAGACAGGCUCUCCACACCUUGUCUUUGUCAGAACCUGUUCCUCGCGAGGAUGGACAGCCCUCCAUUCGACCUAAGCCAAACGACUUCCCGGAGUGGGCAGCUAAGAACGAGGAUGAUAAUGUUGUUGAUGAGAGUGCCCAGUCAUUAUCCCUAGUGGCUCUUCGCUGA